AACCAAUAAGUAGAUGGUAUUAUUUCUGAGGAGGUGAUAAGAUCUGGGGGGAUAAUUUGGCAAAGUGAGGGGGAGCUCAGUGUGGUUGAGAUUUUAAAUAGGGCUAUUUGUGGAGGGUUUAUCCAUGAAAAAGGUGAUAUUUGAGCAAGGGUCCUAAGGGGGUGAGGGAGUGAGCUAUUUUGAAAUAUGGGGGAAGGGUAUUCCACGUACCAGGAACGGCCAGUGCAAAGGUCCUGAGGUGGGACUGCUGGGUGUGGUUGCAGAUCAGCCACCAGCAAUGGUUGAGGGGAAGGUGAGGCCAGAGAGAUAAUAAGGGGUGAAAAGGGUAAGACCUUGUGGGCCACCCUUGAGCACUGAGACAUUUUUGGGGGGUGAUAAGGGAGAUGUGCACUCUCAAGUAGAGGAGAAUGAGGGUAGGCCUGGCUUAUAAAAAUCUUGAGUGGGACCCAUAGGGUCCCAACCUGAUUGAAACUUUCCAGCAGCCCUCAGGACAGCUGGCAUCUAUUGAGAUCCCCCCCCACAACCUACCCAGUGGUUGGGUCUGGGCAGGACUCCCCUCUCUGUGCACCCCUCACUUGAGUAGAACAGUGGGGUAGUCCACUUACGGUGACAAUGGUUGCUGGGGAAGGCGGGCGGGUCCUUGUGGUUGUGGGGAACAUUCUGCCUUGGCAGUUGGGGGUGAUGUGGGGCUGGUGCCAGAGGAACAUGACAUUCUAUGGGCGAGCCCAGGGCCGUAUUGGCGGCCCCUCCUCAGUCCUGGGCGAGCCCCUCGCCCCACCCACAGCUGGGCCCAUCACCACCGCCGCACCUAAGAACGCCUGCUGUGGAGGCCUUUGUUCCCACAGUGAAGCUGCCCCCAUAGAGGCCAACAGUCCACCAGUUGGGCCUUUGCCCUCAGCCAGCCACCCAGGCCUCAACACCCAGGUCGCCAUGGAUCGGAUGAAGAAGAUCAAGCGGCAGCUGUCGAUGACACUCCGAGGGGGCCGAGGUGUGGACAAGACCAAUGGUGCCCCUGAGCAGAUAGGCCUGGAUGAGAGUGGGGGUGGCGGUGGCAGUGACCUUGGAGAGGUACCCACUCGUGCCGCUCCUGGGGAACCUCGCUCUGGACGGGGCCCACUCAGCUCUGCACCAGAGAUUGUACAUGAGGACUUGAAGAUGGGGUCUGAUGGGGAAAGUGACCAGGCUUCAGCCACGUCCUCGGAUGAGGUGCAGUCGCCAGUGAGGGUGCGCAUGCGCAACCAUCCCCCACGCAAGAUCUCCACUGAGGACAUCAACAAGCGCCUGUCACUACCAGCCGACAUCCGGCUGCCUGAGGGCUACCUUGAGAAGCUGACCCUCAAUAGCCCCAUCUUCGACAAGCCCCUCAGCCGCCGCCUCCGCCGUGUCAGCCUGUCUGAGAUUGGUUUUGGGAAACUGGAGACCUACAUCAAGCUGGACAAGCUGGGUGAGGGUACCUAUGCCACCGUCUACAAAGGCAAAAGCAAGCUCACAGACAACCUUGUGGCACUCAAGGAGAUCAGACUGGAACACGAAGAGGGGGCACCCUGCACCGCCAUCCGGGAAGUGUCCCUGCUCAAGGACCUCAAACAUGCCAACAUCGUCACACUACAUGACAUCAUCCACACGGAGAAGUCCCUCACCCUUGUCUUUGAGUACCUGGACAAGGACCUGAAACAGUACCUGGAUGACUGUGGGAACGUCAUCAACAUGCACAACGUGAAACUCUUCCUGUUCCAGCUGCUCCGUGGCCUGGCCUACUGCCACCGGCAGAAGGUGCUACACCGAGACCUCAAACCCCAAAACCUGCUCAUCAACGAGAGAGGAGAGCUGAAGCUGGCAGACUUCGGCCUGGCCCGAGCUAAGUCAAUUCCAACGAAGACCUACUCCAAUGAGGUGGUGACACUGUGGUACCGGCCCCCCGACAUUCUGCUUGGGUCCACGGACUACUCUACCCAGAUUGACAUGUGGGGUGUGGGCUGCAUCUUCUAUGAGAUGGCCACAGGCCGGCCCCUCUUCCCAGGCUCCACAGUGGAGGAACAGCUGCACUUCAUCUUCCGCAUCUUGGGAACCCCAACUGAGGAGACGUGGCCAGGCAUUCUGUCCAACGAAGAGUUCAAGACAUACAACUACCCCAAGUAUCGAGCCGAGGCCCUUUUGAGCCAUGCACCCCGGUCCCCUUGUCCUUGCUGUAGACUUGACAGCGAUGGGGCUGACCUCCUCACCAAGCUGCUGCAGUUUGAAGGUCGCAAUCGGAUCUCCGCAGAGGACGCCAUGAAACAUCCAUUCUUCCUCAGUCUGGGGGAUCGGAUCCAUAAACUUCCUGACACUACUUCCAUAUUUGCACUAAAGGAGAUCCAGCUGCAAAAGGAGGCCAGCCUUCGGUCUUCAUCAAUGCCUGACUCAGGCAGGCCAGCUUUCCGCGUGGUGGACACCGAGUUCUAAGCUGAGUUCUAAGCCACAGACCGAGGCCCCAGCAGGCAGCAGCUGGAGGGAUGCCACUCCCCUCACAGGGCAGCCCCCAACUGCAUCCUCCUUGCUUGCUGCCUGCCUACCUGCCUGACUCAUGCUCGCCUGCCCACAUGUCCCCUGCUGCCUGUCCGAACACCUGACCAUUGGCCUGUCAACCCACCCAUUGGCCUGUCUGCUGGGUGCUAACAAAGCUCUCAUCGCUCCUUCGCCUGG